CGCGCCGGGGCGCGGGUCGCCGCCGUCCGGGAUGGCUUCCAAUUUCAACGACAUCGUGAAGCAGGGGUACGUGCGGGUCCGCAGCCGGCGCCUCGGGAUUUAUCAACGAUGCUGGUUAGUAUUCAAGAAGGCUUCAAGCAAGGGUCCAAAAAGACUGGAGAAAUUUUCCGAUGAACGUGCUGCGUAUUUUAGGUGUUAUCAUAAGGUCACGGAGCUCAACAACGUGAGGAGCGUCGCUCGGCUGCCCAAGAGCACCAAGAAGCACGCCGUGGGCAUCUACUUCAGUGACGACACCUCCAGGACCUUUGCUUGCGAAUCAGACCUUGAGGCUGAUGAAUGGUGCAAAGUCCUCCAGGUGGAGUGUGUGGGGACGCGGGUCAACGACAUCAGCCUCGGAGAGCCUGACUUACUGGCUACCGGGGUUGAGAGAGAACAGAGUGAGAGAUUCAAUGUGUAUUUGAUGCCAUCUCCUAACUUAGAUGUACAUGGCGAAUGUGCCUUGCAGAUUACGUAUGAGCACAUCUGCCUUUGGGACGUCCAGAAUCCCAGAGUCAAACUCAUCUCUUGGCCGCUAAGCGCCCUGCGGCGGUAUGGACGAGAUGCAGCUUGGUUCACUUUUGAGGCAGGGAGGAUGUGUGAGACUGGAGAAGGGCUGUUUAUCUUUCAAACGCGAGAUGGAGAGGCCAUCUACCAGAAAGUCCACUCGGCCGCCCUGGCCAUAGCCGAGCAGCACGAGCGUCUGCUCCAGAGCGUGAAGAAUUCAAUGCUCCAGAUGAAGAUGAGUGAGCGGGCCGCCUCGCUGGCCACCAUGGUGCCCCUGCCGCGCAGCGCCUACUGGGAGCACAUCACGCGGCAGCAUAGCACCGGGCAGCUGUACCGCCUGCAAGAUGUCACCAGCCCUCUGAAGCUGCAUCGAACAGAGACUUUUCCCGCCUUCCGAUCCGAGCACUGACAGGAGCUGCAAGAGUCUGUGACAUUGUGAUGUGUCGGCCUCGGGGGGCCCAGUGAGCCCGGUGGUUGCGGAUGGCAGCGAGGGAUGCCACGCGGAGGGCCAGCGUCGGGCCCGGCCAGCCGUGGGCACCGAGGAAUUCCGCAAACCAAUAUUUGUUUCUUUUCUCUUUUCCUUUCUUCUUUUUUUACAUCUCAGUGUGAUUGACAGCUGUCCUGUAGGCAUCGGCGUGGCGUCCCUCUGCAGCUGGACAGAAAGGAGUCGAUGCCGCAGAAUGAUUUUUCUAUUGUAGAUACCGUGUCUCUCACGCUGCUCGGAGCCUGUCCUUUUGUGGUCCUUGUGAUUUUCCUCUGAGCGUUUCGAUUGUGUGAUGAUAGUCAGUCCUGACAAUAAAAUGGCUCUUCAUUAUUUGUUAUCGGUUUAUACUGUUUUCCUCGGUUAUUCAUAGGACGAUUCUGGUUAACUGGAAAUCGUAUUUUAAUAUAACAUUUUAUCAUCAGUCAGUUAAAUCAAUGCCUUGCCGCCCUCUUGCCUGUUGUGUUAAGGGUGACUUUUCAAAGGACAAUGUAGGAUUGUUGAGGUUACAGUUUCUCUUGCAUGGGCCCUUCCCCAUCCCUUUUGAAAAGCCCUCCUUUGAUUUGGAGAACCUUCAGCAAACAUCUGAAAAUUAAAACUCAUUCUUUGCCUGGAAGGGCUUUGGCAGUGUAGCUUUCUUGAGAGCCUGGCACUUCUGAAGCUACGGCGUGGCCCGGCCCUAGCUUCGCUCUCGUUGCAUCCCAAAGCCCACAGGAUCGGAGUUAGUCGGGAUUUCCGAGGACACUCAUGGAUAUGUCA